AUGACCCUUCUCAGACACUUUGUUAACUUUGCAGUGCCACCAAUCCUGGUAGGCGUUGAGCCACGGUGGCAUACUUAUCGAGAUGCCCUCCUCCGUCUUUCGAAAUCCAGCCUUCCUCUACGCUACUCGAUAUGCGCCUUUUCCGCGUUAUCGAUUGAAGACCCGCCUUCCCAGCGGGCAUCUCCAGCUGCAGAGUCAUCUGAUUUCUAUUUUACUGUCGCAAUGAACGAACUAAAGAAAUUGCUCGAAAGCCAAUCUGAUGCAAACACCCAACUGGACUCCCGCGAGGCAAUCUUGGGAAGUAUAUUCUUCUUAUCAUAUGUUGGAAUCAUUGUAUCCAAAGCUUCCAAGCGCUCUGCGGAACUAUUGGAUCAAGCUUAUCUUCUGCUAAGUCAAAACGCACCUUCAACCUCGGCAUUAUGCAAUAAACUUCAAAUUUGGCUGAAAUUACUGGAUGCGAAGGUCGGCAGUGACUCGCCCGCCGGAGAUGGCGAGCAAGUUAGCAUGGAGACGGAAGAUAUUCUUUUCACUUCUCUCAACCGACAAGCCUACAACUUCUACCUUCAAGUGCUCAACUUCUCAUGUCGAAUCGCACAUCUGGAUAAAUGGCAUCGCUCUCGAGGAUCUGUGGAAGACGAGCUAGAGGUAUUGCUUGCAGCGGACAAGAUAAUGCGCGAUCUCAAUGCGCUUUGGACUCGCAGACCUGCAAUUAUUGAUCUAGCGGAUCAAAAAGGGCUCCAGCAGUAUAUCGGGUCUGGGUUAACAACUAAGGUACAGCAUCACCUGAGGACUUACACGGCCAACUUCCAUGCUUGCUUCAUACAUCUUCAACGAGUCGCAUACGCGCAGUUGAAAUCGAUUCCGCAAAUCAAACCUGCGGUAUUGAAGAUUGUGAAUCUUUCACGGAUGACAUUAGAAGAAGGGCAAUCCCUACCAGUCAGUAUGCUGUGGCCGCUAAUGAUGGCUGCUUGCGAGGCUGAGGAAGAGGACACACAAUCUUGGAUUAUUGAAUGUAUUGAGGGGAUGAAGGUCAAGGUUGGAAAUACCAGCAGGACAGCGAAUCUAGUGCGUGAAAUCAUUGCGCGGCAGAAAAGCGGCCAGAGAGCAGACGCUAGGACUGUGAUGCAUGAGGCUUUCGAGGGAGAGUUUGCGAUUAUUUGA